AGCCCCCGCCCCCUCCUUCCUCCACAGUUCCCCCCCCCACCCGUCUCCACCACCCAGGCGCAGCGAUGGCGGACAACAGCGUGGAGAAGGAGGCUCCCGCCAGCGCGCAGGCCAAGAGCGAGGUGAAGGUUCGCAAGCAAAUCCAGUUUGCUGACCAGCAGCUGGAGUUCCAGCGUCGUCCCGUCAAGACUGGACGACGCUCACUCUCUCGCUCCAUCUCGCAGUCCUCCACCGACAGCUACAGCUCGGCAGCGUCGUACUCGGAGAGCUCUGACGAUGAGGUGUCUCCGCGGGAGAAGAAUCAACUCAACUCGCGGGGAGGAGGUGACUUCUGCGUCAAGAACGUGAAGCAGGCGGAGUUCGGGCGGCGCGAGAUCGAGAUCGCGGAGCAGGAGAUGCCGGCGCUGAUGGCCCUGCGGAAGCGUGCGCAGGGAGACAAGCCGCUUGCAGGCGCCCGCGUCGUUGGCUGCACUCACAUCACUGCCCAGUCCGCAGUGCUGAUCGAGACUCUGACGGCGCUGGGGGCUCAGUGCCGCUGGGCCGCGUGCAACAUCUACUCCACGCAGAACGAGGUGGCCGCAGCUCUUGCAGAGGCCGGGUUCCCGGUGUUUGCAUGGAAGGGUGAGUCUGAGGACGACUUCUGGUGGUGCAUCAACCGCUGCCUCACCCGCGAGGGCUGGCAGCCCAACAUGAUCCUGGAUGAUGGGGGAGAUCUCACGCAUUGGAUGUACAAGAAGUACCCGGACACGUUCAAGAAGGUGAAGGGCAUCGUGGAGGAGAGCGUCACGGGCGUGCACCGGCUGUACCAGCUGUCCAAGGGCGGGAAGCUAUGCGUUCCGGCCAUGAACGUCAACGACUCGGUGACCAAGCAGAAGUUUGACAACCUCUACAGCUGCCGCGAGUCCAUCCUGGACGGGCUCAAGAGAACGACGGACAUCAUGUUUGGAGGAAAGCAGGUGGUGGUGUGUGGCUACGGAGAGGUGGGUAAAGGGUGCUGCGCCGCCCUGAAGGGCAUGGGCGCCGUGGUCUAUGUCACCGAGGUCGACCCGAUUUGCGCCCUCCAAGCCUGCAUGGACGGCUUCCGGGUGGUGAAGCUGAGUGAGGUGAUCCGACAGGUGGACAUCGUCAUCACCUGCACGGGUAACAAGAACGUGGUGACACGCGAACACCUGGACCGGCUGAAGAACGGCUGCAUCGUGUGCAACAUGGGCCACUCCAACACGGAGAUCGACGUGGCGAGUCUGCGCACGCCGGAUCUCACGUGGGAGCGGGUGCGCUCGCAGGUCGACCACAUCAUCUGGCCCGACGGGAAGCGCAUCCUGCUGCUGGCCGAGGGUCGCCUGCUCAACCUCAGCUGCUCCAGCGUCCCGUCCUUCGUGUUGUCCAUCACCGCCACCACGCAGGCACUGGCACUGAUUGAGCUGUACAACGCCCCGGAGGGCCGCUACAAGCAGGACGUCUACCUGCUGCCCAAGAAAAUGGAUGAGUACGUGGCGAGUCUGCACCUGCCGACGUUCGACGCGCACCUGACAGAACUGACGGACGAGCAGGCCAAGUACCUGGGCAUCAACAAGAACGGGCCCUUCAAGCCCAACUACUACAGGUACUAGCCCCUGGCCGGGGCCAGCUGGCGGGGCGCUGGGAGGAUGAGCACCACCUGACCAAGCUCUCAUCCCCUCCCCGUGCCCACCGUACGUAGCCCGGCAGCCGGGCAGUGGUAAUCUCGGAAACGAAAUCGGCGUCUUUCAUUUUAGUCGACGGUGCCUGUGAAUGUUGCCCGCCAGAGACCGGAACGCGCGACGCGACGGAAUUAGCGAGCCUGAGCGAAGACGCAGACCGAGAUAAUUUAGUGGCGCUAUUAGAGACGGCAGUCCACUGAGGAAGACCAAGAUAUGCUAAUUGGCUGUAAUCAAAGAUUUACCGAGUUCACUGAUUGCCUGAGCUGACAGUAGUGAGGGGGUGGGAAUCGCGCGCCCCUCACUCGGACAUUGAACAACUCGGAGCGUGUGACCAAAUGUGUGACUGCUCUAGCCACUCAACCAAUAGGACGACUGAAUGAAACUCACAGACUCUUAAGACUUUAUGAAACUCCAUGUGGGUCUCUGGGUCUCUGCGUGAGUAAGAGUCCAAAUAGUCCAUAGACUCGCUCAAGAGGCCCAUGAACCAGUGGACUAAAUUUUUGACUGCUUUGUUUGAUCACACGCAGAGGACGACUCGGUGAAAUCCGCAGACUGUGGCUCGACUAAAACUCCACAGAUUGCCGUUGACCGGACCUAAGACUAAAAUAAAAACCGCUGACGUGUUUAGCACUGCUGGGGGGGGGGGGGGGUGGCGGUUGCCCAGCCCAGUUUCUGCCGGUGUUGAUCACUGUACUCCUCGUAGCAUUUCAGUCGCGGUGGGUGUAGUAAAUGAGGUAGAAAAUAAUUUCGAUGUUAGACACAAAUCUCAACGUCUUCAUUUUUUGUCUUCGUUUUUUUGUCUCAUGUGGGUGAGGGAAAAAAAAAAGCUAUUAAGUGCACACACGGGUGUACACAGAAUGAAUAUAUAACACGCGCACUCGCACACGCAUGCACGCAUGCCCCCCGGAUCCCCAACCCCAUCUCCGCAAAUCAUAUCUGCAGCAGCAAUGGCCCCAGCAUUAACAACGACUACGAUGAUGGCGAUAACGACAUAUCAGAGCUGGGGCGGGUGGGUGGGGCGGAGACGCCGUGCGGCCGUAAGUCGGCGUGGCGGGGAGCUCGCGAUGAGACGCUUGAACCUGCGCCGGUGCUCUCACCGUGUCGCCCGUGACCUCGUGAUCCUAUCAGUAUGGCGCCCAUGACCUCGUGACGCCAUCGGUGCUCGCCUAACGCAAACCUUGAAUUAGGAUGUUUAUGGACAAUGGGCGGUGCCAUCGUAACACCCGUGUCGCUAACCUCGUGACCCUGUCGGUGACCUCGCGUAGGAGGACGCAGAGCAUAAUGGGCGAUGCCAAACACUGCUACUUGUUGUCAAGGACACUGCUGCAGACCGUUGAUUGAUUUUAUUUGCUGAUGCGGGUAAGAAAUAUUCAGCCUUAAGCUAUUUAACGACAAUCACCCGUUCAGGAUCUUGUUGACGUAAAGUUAUAGUAUAUAAAUCAAUACAUUACAGACACUUAAGUAGGAAACACAUUCGAGGAAAACCACAUUCAGGUCGUGCACCAUUUAAGUAACAAUGGCAGCAGGUAACACGGAAAUAUAGCAAAGACUCUCACAGGGGUUUGCUUACCACACGUGCAAGAAAAAGGAGAUCUUAAAUGAAGUAAGGAAUUUGAAAAGGCAAGGGUAGGGAGGGAUUUAUGCCAAAACCAUGAAGCGAGUUCCUCCUAAAAGUGAGUGCCGGCAACUCGUGAUGUUUGGUGCUGCGGUUCCUUAUAAGUAUGGUUAUGUAAUUGGUCCAAAGCUUUGUCGCAGCCAUUUAAAAAAUAAAUUUCUCCAACUUGUAACACGAUUGUAAAUAAGCCAUUCGGAUGUUUUGCAGAGGAGUAGCUACGCUUCAUGUGAGAUGAAAAAUCCGUAAAAGUGGAUCCCGUGGAGCUACCUCUGAGAUCACAUCAAGUGACCACUUGACCCAUACAGUGGGAGGGCAGCGAGCCCUCCACUCGUUGUGAAUGUGGGAGUGAGGUUUAUCGCAUGGCAGGCAAACUGAUAUUUUACAAUUCAUAGAGCUGGUAUUCUAACCAAAUUUUGUUGCAGAAACAAAUUUAUCUUGACGGUUUAUUUGUUCAGUCAUUGGUGACUGGCCUGGGACCAUCAAUUCGCUCACACUUGAGAACCCGGUUUGAUCACAGGCAGUGGCUGAAACACGGAUUGGAACCAAGUAUCCCAGCAGGGCCGGCGCAGUGCUCUUGACAUUUGAAGCACCCAACCACCUCAUCACGGCGUGCCCGUUAAUAUCCCAAUUGCACGUGUACGCCUGUGAUCCGGAUCUUUAGCGGGGAGGGGUGGUGGAUCGCAAAGAGAUUGUGAAACUCCCAAAUUUGCUGGGCCGUAAGGAGGUGAUCAUACUAGAGGUGGCAGGACAGCAAGUGGGUUUUUGAAUCCGUCUGUGCGGACCUUUUGAGUGUUACCGCCUCGUGUGCGUGGGGUGGGUUUUUUCCGUGUUCUCAAGCUUCCUUCCACAAGAAAAACUUCUUUAAAAUGAAUUUGCCAAACGUCACAAAAUGCAGGACCUUCAUGAAAAACGAGACUCGGCGAGGCUUUCCUGAGUAAAUUAAAGAUAUUUCUCUGAUAUGUUUUCUGGUUGUACCAUUUGUUGUUCGGCACAAUGUCCGAUGUUUUCCUCCAUGUGCUGGAAGCUUCUUCAGAAAUAAUUCAAGUGUUCCACACAACACGGUACAACCCCAAAAAGGCACCCGAGAGCCAUACUCCUCGCCUGAGUAACAUCAAUAGUAUCGACCCAUUACCCACGCACCUUGGGUUCCCAAACCAAUCAUGAUUUGGUGGCAGCAGUGUGUUUCUCCACGGUUAUUGCAGCAGGUUCACACCACGUCCUUGAGGAUGUUGCGAGGGUCAUUUGUGUAGCCUUGGUCGGACUGGGCCGAUGUGGUCCUGACCUGGUCUGGGUUGGUCAAUGAGACACGCGGGAGCACGUGCAUGGUCGCAGUAGUAAAAUGUAGUUUUAAUGGUAACAAUAUGAUACAGUAAUAAAGAUGAUGAAGUAAUAAGAUUCAUGCUUUUUCAUUACGGAGCUUUGAUAAAUGUGAUUUCUUUUUUCUCUCAAGGUAAAUUCUUUGUGCUGUAUGUCCGAUGAGAUUGAAUAAAAACGCUAUUUAACGCGCCAA